AUGAAUCGCCGCAGUCCCGAGGUGCAGCGCCAAGAGAUCGACCGCGUGCUGCAACUCAAAAGGAAGCAGCGCGAGGCUAAGGCUUGCUAUCCUUGUCGCCAGCGCAAGGUGAAGUGCGAUAGUGGUCAGCCCUGCAGGACUUGUCAGAAGCGUGGCCAUCCGCAGAUCUGUGUCUACGAUGUCACCAAAGACUCCUCGCGACACUCGUUUCCCCGGUCGGGGAGGGUGGAUCCCGCUCAAGCAACGCCGUCUCAUCCCCAGCCUGAGGGGGCUUCCCCCAUAACUCCAUCGACUGCAUCCCCUAAUGGAGCUAUUGGCUCCUUACAAAGCGAUCACUCACAAUUGUUAGAUGUGGUUCCACCCUCGCGAUUACACCAGCGAUCCCGAUCGUCUAGUCGUGAUCGCUCGGAUGAUUAUGUCUUCUCCGGACAGAACUCGGUGGUCUCCAUUCUCCGGCUGCAAGAUCCCGAUGGGUCCAUGGCCCGAGAUGCAGGGUCCGUGUUAGGCCUUCAGAACACAUAUGAUAGCUAUCCCUUCAUUGACUUGAAGACGCCGACCGACCGCUGGUUUUUUCACCAUCAUCGUCUUUCAGCACAUCCUUUCAACCCUAUUCUGGUUGAUAUUGACGGGUUCGAAUCCGCCGUGUGCACAUUUCUGGGCUCUGUUGCUUCCGGGGAGCUGAGCGACCCAAACAAAAUCUCGCAGCGUUGGUCUUCCGAUAGAUCCAUUGGCCACAUCAGUCUUCUCCUGGCUACAUUAGCUUCCGGAGCCCACUUCUCAGACCUUGAAUACCCCCAACGCUCGGAGGUAUGCCAGGAUCUCGCACGUCGAUCGUUCCAGGCCCUGAGGUUGGCGAAUUUCCUCUUUCGGCCAUCGCUGGACAUUGUUCAAGCCAUGCUUAUUUUGGGAAACAUGUUGCAGAACAACGGCCAGUCCGACGCAGCCUGGGCUCUUCUCGGAACUACUGUUCGCUUAGCCCAAGCUCUCGGAUUACAUACCCAGAGAGGCACUUCACAUUUACCAGAAAUUGUCCGAUCAAGGGCGAAGAAGCUAUGGUCGAUGACUGUGUGGCAGGAUUGUUUGUUGAGCCUCUGUUAUGACCGCCCACCAGUGGUAUCGAUUUCGGGCUGGCAGCAGAAUGUGGGCCUCACAUCGGCAUUCGCCCUUUCAUUCACGGAUGUGAUGCACUUUCUGUGUCAGCUAGGCCUCGAUAUCGCUAAAGUUCAGGAGCCCGAGCAGUGGGAUUUGACUCGCGCAACGGAGUUGUUGACCGCACUGGACAACGUGUAUAGCCGUGCGCAACCCCAUCUUCUGGCCCGAGAUCACUGUCAUUGCCUGCAGCACCACCAAGAGCACCUGGCCCUCCGCAUGCAUUUUUCAUUUUGCGUUUCGGUCCUGUGUCGACCGACCAUCCGAAGCUCCCCGAGCCGGUUGGAUGAUCCUCGUUACACCCGCCUACGUAUCAGAGCCAAGGAGAGUCUUAUGGACGCGUCGCAAGCAUUCCUGGAUUUUCAAACCUUGAGCAUCGUGCCCCUGCGGACGUGGUCCAUGGUGCACACUGUUUUGAGCUCGGCAUUACUUCUAUGCGUCUGGCAGGAAACUCGGAACGAUAGUGAAUGUCGAGACUUGCAGCAGAGAGUGAUAACUGUAUUCUCCAACGCUGAACCGCCCAGGAAGGACACCAUCGGCUUGUCGGACCAUGGACAAUGGCUUUCUGCACGACAUAUUCGCGCCCUCGUAGCGUUGAGAAAUGCUGUGCGCAACGUACCGUUUGAGGCAACAGGCCAAGACAGUGACGGAUUCCAUGACCAAGGUCAAACUAACCAUUCUUCUCUAAACCUCAAUCCUAAUGGACUUGCAGCCCAAGGCCCGAUGUUUAUGCCUGGCUUUGAUCUGGGCGGCGGUGUGCCGGGGGGGUUUGGAAAUUACUUUCCGGAAGGUGUAUUAAUAAAUAAUACGGCGGAUCUGUCCCCGGUGACCUACCUUGACUCGAUUAUGAAUGUUCCAUUGUUCAAUAUAUCCGAAGACAAUUCAUUCUUGUAG